AUGGAGCAGCUGUGGAGAAACCAGACUUCAGUGGGGGAGUUCCUCCUGGCAGCCCUUUCCCCGACUCCACAGUCCCAGGCCGCCUUGUUUGCUGUGUUUCUCUUGGUCUAUGUCUCCACGCUGGUGGGUAAUACCCUUAUCAUGGCGACGGUCAGCUCUGACCCUCGCCUCCGCACUCCCAUGUAUUUCCUGCUGGGCAACCUCUCCUUCCUGGACCUGUGCUACUCCACUGUCACUGCCCCCAAGAUGCUGUUGGACUUCCUGUCCAAUAGGAGGAGUAUUUCCUACCAGGCCUGCAUGGCCCAGCUCUUCUUCCUGCACUUCGUAGGGGCAGCCGAGAUGUUCCUGCUCACCGUCAUGGCCUACGACCGCUACGUGGCCAUCUGCAAGCCCCUCCACUACCCCAACAUCAUGAACCGGACCCUAUGCAGUUGGCUGGUGGUGGCUUCCUGGGCUGGAGGGUUCAUCCACUCCAUGGUCCAGACCAUCCUCACCAUGCAGCUGCCCUUCUGUGGGCCCAACUGGGUGGACAACUUCUUCUGUGAUGUCCCACCAGUGAUCAAGCUGGCCUGCACCGACACCUACGUGGUGGAGCUGCUCAUGGUCUCCAACAGUGGGCUGAUCUCCACCAGCUGCUUCGUUAUCCUGGUAGCCUCCUACACCACCAUCUUGGUAAGGAUUCGCUCCCCUGAAGGACGGCGCAAGGCGCUCUCCACCUGUGCCUCACACCUGACUGUGGUGACCUUAUUCUUCGGGCCCUGCAUCUUCAUCUACGCCCGGCCCUUCUCCAUCUUCUCAGUGGACAAGCUGGUCUCAGUCCUUUACAACAUCAUCACCCCCAUGCUCAACCCCUUGAUCUACACGCUCAGGAACAAAGAGGUGAAGUCAGCCAUGAGGAGACUGAGGACAAGGGGCAUUACUUCCAUGGGGAAGGUAAUAGUCUGAGAUGCAGGGAGAGCUGAGAAUCAGGCAGCCAUUUUGGGGAGAUAUGGAUCAGCCAAGGCAACCAUCUUGGGGAGAUAUGGGCUGGGCAAGGCAAGAGAGCCGUAGAAGCCAGGAGUCCUGCCUCCCAGGCCUGUCCCAACUCUAACCCACUA